AUGGAAAAUAGUAAAGACCGAGAUGAUGGCUUGUCCACCAGCACUUCCAUCCAUGAUGAUGGUGGAGGGAGGAAUCACUAUGCGCCACGCUUAUCCGAUACAAAGGCGGGCUUUCCCGAAAACCAAGUUCAAACGAGGAUGCCUCUUUAUGAGAAUAAUAUUAGAAGCAAUGAUCAGCACUGGAAGCGAUCACUCAAACGACCCUGUCCGUCGAAUGAGAAUCGUGUGGUCAUCGUGGAAGACGAAGCAACAAGGAAGCGCCAAAAGCAACGAGUCUGGAUGAUUGUCCGAUCACUGAUGAGAUAUUUAGAGACGAAGGAUUAUGGUCUGUACAAGACUGCUCGAACUAUCCUGGGAGACUGUGCCAAGCGCCAUGUACUAAAAGACAAAGGAUACACCAAUCUGAUUGACAGUGUCCAAAGCGAGCUGAAACGGGCAGUAGGAACCAGAUAUUGGGAACGGGCCGAGCGCCAUGUUUCCAAUCGUCGAGUCACAAUCAAGGCAAUAGAAGAAACAAAGCUUCGAAAACAUCGAUUCUGGAUGAUAGUCAGAGUAUUGAUGAGAUACCUCGAGAAGAAGGAUACAGAGUUACACAAGAAGGCUAGAACUUCGCUGGAAGAAUGCGAAAAGCGUCAUGUGAUGAAAGAGCAGCGCUUUGCUAAUUUAGUGGACAGUGUCCAGCGGGAAUUAACGCAAGUAGUAGGCAUGAGCUACUGGAAACGAGCCGAGAGCCAUGUUGCCAAACAUGUGAUAAGGAAUGCUACCACUGUCAAAGAGGGACCUUCUGCUGCUUCUCGAAUCGAGCAACACGAUCAACAGCUCACAGAUCCAAGCGCAGAACUGAAAUCCUCAUUUGAUCCACCAAGAUAG